GUUUGAUUUCAAGUAGCGUAACGUUUUGUAGCAGCCAGGCUCUUGUUCCAACGCCAUGGACGACUCUGACGGCGCAACGUUCACCUCCUUCUCCACCUCUGUCUCGGGAAUCUACAGCCGUAGGGCGACCAUCGAAAAGCGUGGUAGGAAGCCAAGCAAAUCGGCUCUGGCGGUCGCUGUGGGCAGCUAUAUCGCGUCUCCAAGUGCCGCCACAGCCUCAGAUCUCUACAGAACAGCACAAAAACUUUCGGCACACAACGAAUUCUUCGCUACAAACCACACAGCGCUGUGUUUGCAGCUGCUAGAUACGUUGGCGGAGCAUCUCCUCGCUGUUGCAUCGGUGAAUAAGGCCACAGACACGCAGGACGAGGCAUCCACACAGUACUCGCAGCCGACACAGACUCAGCAGACACCUGAGGACUCGCUGCAAUUGCUGGAGCUUUCCUACCUAUUUGCAAGGAAAACUAUAAUUGGGUACCCAUCACACGCGCUAUGUAAGCUGCUGCAAUGGCUCGUGGAGAACGUCUCGGUCUCAGCACUGCGGAAUGGCUGCGAGACGGACACAGGACUGAAGCUGCAACUUCUCGUGCUGGCUGAGAUGAUCAAAAUCAGUGCUGGCGUACGAAUUUACGCCAAGGAGAUGAAGAAAAUCAAGGACUAUUAUCGUUCGUUGACGAUCUUACUCAACAGCACGGAAGACGCGGAGCUGUUGGUGUUCAGUAUGGCGAUCCUUGCACGUCUUGUGCUUUCGGAGUCGAUGGGAAGCAAGCUUUUCAGUGAGAAGAACGUUGACCAGGCGUUUGUAUUGAUAUUUUCUGUGUUGGACGGAUCCUGGCACGACAACACGGACGAGAGCAUGUCGGAUACGACUACGAUUCUGGAUCGACGGUCAUUGUUGCAGAUGGUGAGUGCAGACUUACUCUGUGAUCUUGCUGACAGCCAAGAAAUUUUGGAGCUGCUAGAAAAGUACCCAAAGAUUUUACCCACAAUCGACAACUGCUUCAUGGUGAUUAAUCUAAACGGCGAAGCUGAGCAGAUUCUCGUUGCUGCCCACUUCCUCGCCUCCAUCGUCCAACUCAGCCACGUAUUCAGGAAGAUGUUAAUCAAAAGCUUGUCUGAUCAAGAUGUACUGUACCGCGUUCUGCAAACCACAGUGCAUCCAUCCAAGUUAGCGGCAACAACGACUGCCCAAUUAAUUCUGAAAGUGAUAGGCGACGACAUUCGAUCUAUUCGAAGUCUAUUUGAGCCGUCGGAAAAUGCAGAGCGUUUGAACCCUGUUGUCACUGGGAUGAUACGAUGCAUCACUGAUGCCACUGCAGUUGUGCAGCGUGCUGAAGACAACGAGGUGCUAAGCAACUCCGACGAAUAUCUUCAUACCGUGGAAGUGUGCCAUCUUUUGACCAAACUGAACGAAUUGCCAGCAAUUCGCUCGCUGUGCGUUGAAACCAUCAGCCUGAACCAGAGCGCAACACUGAUUCAAGUAGAGUCUGCACUUAUCGGCUCCGUCGAACCGCAAGAUUUGACACGCUUCCACCCUCAACUGUCGAUACACCUGGUGAGUCUUCUCUCGAGUCUUCUAUCCGACGAAAACAUGUCCGAUAAAAACAAGCGCACGUUAGUCCAAUUCCUCCAGACAUCCGAAGUAUCGACAGUGCUCGGUGCUGCAUUGUUCAAUCGCAGCGACAAAGAUAUUGUGGUGGAGUCUCUGCUGCUGCUGACUCAGUCACUCACGGGAUCGGGAAACAAGCGAUUCCAUGCUCUUGGUCUAGCCGAAGGGAUCGUUGGUUUCAGUCAGCGUAUUGGAGAUGCAAGUGACAACUUACAGUCGACUAUUGCUUCGCUCCAAGCGAAUGCUGAGGUCAGUGCAAAGACAGUUGAAAAGCUUCAGUCUGAGAUGCAGCAGAUGCUGCAUCUUCAAGAUGAGGUAAAGGCACAGCAAGACCAAGCCCUGAAAGAUAUUGGAGUCAAGUUUACAGAACAGAUACGUCAAAAAGAUGAUGCGAUACAGAAAAUGCGUGACGUGUAUGAAAUUAAGCUGCGCGAGGUCACGAUGCAAUGCGAAAGUAUGGGGCAGCACAUGAACAAGCAGAUUAGUUCUCUUCAGCAACGGGAAUCACUUCUCCAAGAAAGUCGGGCAAAGCGUGGGAUUUUGGAAGAUGAAAACAGUGAACUCAAACGGAAGGUGCAAGUGUUGGAGAUCCGAAUUGAGGAAAUUGCUCAGACUCAUUCGGUUGCAAUGGAAGAGAUGAAGCUUCGCGAAAAGGAAUUAGAGGAGCUUCGUGAGGAGAUCGCUACCAUUUCAGGAGACUACACAGCCCAGCGAGAACAACUGGAAGCUGCUCAAGACGAAACAAGGGUGCGUUAUUUGUGACGAAUCGGCUGUUAUUACAAUAAUUAACUAAACUACACGUUGAUUUUAUUGUGCAGCGACUGGAAGACGAACUAAACGAACAGAAGUUAACGAACGAAAACACGUAUAAGGAGCUGGUAUUGUUAUCAAAGGCUCAUAAAGUCCUUGCUGACGAGAAGAAGACGAUCGAAAGCGAAGUGGACACGAUACGAGAUGAGAUGGCCAACCUGGAGUCAAUGAAUAUCUCAAUCCAGUCCCGGUUGCAGGAGAAGAAAGAGCUAGCUGAACAGCUAGAGCGAAAGGUACGUGGAAAUUCUCGUUUAUUGCGAAUGCUUAGAGCUCACAAACGUAUCAAUUUCAGAUGGCGCGCCUCGAUGACGCUGCUACCGUUAGCAAGAAUGCGCUAGAAGAUGAGCGGGAGAAGCGCCGAGCUGUUAGCCGUGACCUCGAUGAUCUUAGGAAAGCCCACCGUAAACUUGAAAGCGAUAUGGCCAUGCUUGAAAUUCAAGCUGCUGAGCAACGACUUGAGGUCGAGUCGAAGGACGAGGACUUGCGCAAAUGUGAAGAAGAGAUCCGUCAUUUGGUAAGCAUAUAUUUGACAUUUAUUGCACGUUCGAUACUGAUGUAACCUUUGUCGACGUGUGUUCAACUGAGCAGACAAACGAGGUCGGAAAACAAGCGAAACUUCAGGCUUUGAUUCACCAGUUGAGCUCUGGAGUUGACAACAAUGUCAAGAUCAACGAUGGAUCGUUUCUUGGACGUGACAAGUGAGCUAGCUAACACGCAAAUACUAGAGCUUUUUUGAAGAUGAUGGAAGCAGGUUCCACAAUAUAUUUAUUUUUUU